CUUACUGUAUGUAGGGCGUGCACACUUUGAAAUCAUUUUAGGGCGUGUGUGGACUGUAGGAGGAGGGGUUGGUGUUGCUUGUUGAAUUUUGUAUGCAUAACUGCAUGGCCAUUAUUAAACACGGAUGAUCUUUUGCCUGACCAUCAUCACAGAGGAAAAAGAGGGAGAGAGACUUUCAAACAAUCAUCUCAAACCCGGACACAUCUCAUCACGAUCAUCGCAAUUUUUGACUUCUCCAACUCAUUGCUAGACACAGGCUGUGAAUAUACCCCCCUAUCAACAGAUCAACGCAAAAGCAUCCUUGCAAGAGAAGCAUUUGAUAGGCAAAGUUCAGGUGAAGGAACUUUCAUUGUAUUUCUUGCAAGUACGUAACAACCAGGCAAUCACGUCAGUCAUAGCAUUUUGGUAUAGCAAGUGAACCUCGACAUCAUGAGUGGGAAAAUGAACAUAUAUAAGCUGGUGGUUCUGGGAGAUGGUGGUGUAGGAAAAACAGCACUAACAAUCCAACUCUGUCUCAAUCACUUUGUUGAAACAUACGAUCCAACAAUCGAAGAUAGCUACAGAAAACAAACUGUUAUUGAUGAUCAACCAUGCAUGCUAGAAGUAUUGGAUACAGCAGGACAAGAAGAAUACACUGCUUUACGGGAUCAAUGGAUACGAGAAGGAGAAGGAUUUUUGCUCGUUUACAGUAUAGCAGAUAGGGCGACAUUUGAACGUGUUGAACGAUUCAGAGAACAAAUCUCAAGAGUAAAGGAUACCGAACCACAAUCCGUUCCGAUUAUGUUGGUCGGAAAUAAAUGUGAUAAAGUCAACGCACGAGAAGUAUCCAGAGAUGAAGGUCAAGCCCUUGCUCAAAGACUAGGAUGUCGAUUCGUCGAAAGUAGUGCAAAGACGUGCGUCAAUGUGGAAAAGGCAUAUUACACAGUCGUACGAAUGAUCCGAGAACAAAGAGAAGGCGUUGCCGGACCAGUAAAAAAGAAAAAGGGUCGUUGCGAUAUCCUUUAGAAAACGUGUCAAAAAAGAAGCAAGAUUAUCGCCUUUUCUGUGACCCGCUACAAAGUGCCUGCUGUCAAAAACAAAAACAUUAUCUCAUAACCACGAUAACCCAUUUUUCUUCUCUUUUUCUUUCGAUACUUUUUUUUCUCAAGUCUUGUUUGUGUUUGUGUUCUAGAGCAUCAGUCUCACAAUCCAUAUUUAUGCCAAUGUGAAACGAUGAGUAAGAUAGAGCGAGAAAGACGAUCUAUAUUCUCUAUGGAUGUUGAUGACAUGGUACAAUUGCAAAAUAGUUACAAAUUAUGCUUGUUUAAUUCUAUGAGUAUGGUAUCCAG